GUGAACGGCAGCGCUUCAGUCCAGUCCACCCUCCUCACCUCUUCCUCUCUCCUCUCAUCUCCCGUCUACUGCCGCUGCUGCCAGGCAGACACACACUCACGAGCUGAGGAAAAGCUCACGACUCACCACCGACCAGAAUAACCAAGCGUCUGACUCCUAAACACGUUUUGUGAUUCCUGAGUAGAGAAGAUCUCCAGACUUGACCUGGUAAUCUGCGGAUUGAGAGGGACGUGCGUAAAGCGCCGCCACAGAAGAACUCUUAAUAAAUGAGCUGAAGUGUCAAAAGGAUUUCUCUCUGUGUUUUCGGUCUCCGGGUUUCCUCUGGCUGGCGUGCAGGAAUGAUGCGUGCUUCACUGGACUCGAGCAGCCGAUUCGCAGGCUGAUGAAACACUUUGCCAAUCCUUGUUCUUUGCGUUACUGCAACCCAGCGAGAAACCUGCACAACAUCACCACAUAGUGCAGCGGUGAUGGACCUUCGUUUUGACAUCUUGGUGAUGCACGCUUGUCAGUCACCCUGCUUUUGUGAAAUGCAUCACUUCUGCACACAAUUCCUGCUCGUGUGACUUUUUAAAAGAGCGGCGGAUGCUCAAAAUGUUUCUCCAUCUGUCUGCAUGAGGGAUGGCGACCAAACUCCAAGAGUGUUUAUCUGCACGUUUGCACCUGUCCGGGUGGAUAAUGACAGUUUAUGCCACAGGUGAAUGAAUAUCGGCUCAGUUUCUCUUAACAGCGAGGGGGGUGUUUGAAGCUGUUCUCUGACUCUGGCAUUCAGAUCGAGCUUGUUGCACAGUGACAAUGGAUCUCAAAGUGGAAACCGAAGAAAUGGACACAAAUCAACCGCCGCCCAUAGAAGUUUUUGCGCACAGCUCGACUCUGCACGGAAUCUCGCACAUUUUCACGUACGAGCGGGUCUGCAUCAAACGCUGCCUGUGGGUCGUGUUUUUCUUGGGCUCUCUGACCUUCUUGCUGUACGUGUGCGUGGACAGGAUCCACUUCUACCUCGAGUACCCGCACGUCACCAAACUGGAUGAGGUCGCGACCCCGAUCAUGACGUUCCCCGCGGUCACCUUCUGCAACCUGAACGCGUUCCGCUUCAGCCGGGUGACGCGCAAUGACCUGUACCACGCAGGGGAGCUGCUGGCCCUGCUCAACCAGAGGUAUGAGAUCAGGGACAUACAUCUUGUGGAGGAGAGCGUCCUGGAGAGCCUGAAGGUUAAAGCUGAUUUCCAUAACUUCAAGCCGCGACCCUUCAACAUGCGGGAAUUCUACGACCGCACCGGACAUGACAUAAAUGACAUGCUGCUCGCCUGCCACUUUCAUGGAACCGAGUGCAGAGCGGAGGACUUCAAAGUGGUCUUCACUCGCUAUGGGAAGUGUUACACCUUUAACGCUGGCGGUGAUGGACGCCCUCCCCUCAUCACCACCAAGGGUGGUAUGGGUAAUGGACUCGAGCUCAUGCUGGACAUUCAGCAGGAUGAAUACCUGCCUGUGUGGGGAGAAACAGAUGAGACUUCAUUUGAAGCCGGAGUCAAAGUUCAGAUCCACAGUCAGGAUGAGCCGUCCUUCAUUGACCAACUCGGGUUUGGAGUGGCGCCCGGGUUCCAGACGUUUGUUUCUUGCCAGGAACAGAGGCUGAUAUAUCUCCCUCCACCCUGGGGAGACUGUAAGGUGACAGCGAUGGAUUCAGACUUCUUUGACAGUUACAGCAUCACAGCCUGUCGCAUCGACUGUGAAACACGCUACCUGGUGGACAACUGCAACUGUCGCAUGGUGCACAUGCCUGGCGACGCUCCCUACUGCACCCCCGAGCUGUACAAAGAAUGUGCUGACCCAGCACUCGAUUUCCUGGUGGAGAGAGACAAUGAUUUCUGCGUGUGUGAGACGCCCUGCAACAUGACCAGAUACAGCAAAGAGCUGUCCUUCGUCAAGAUCCCCAGCAAGGCCUCCGCCAAAUAUCUGGCAAAGAAAUACAACAAAUCUGAGCAGUAUAUUAAGGAGAACAUUCUGGUUCUAGAUAUCUUUUUUGAGGCUCUCAACUAUGAAACUAUUGAACAGAAGAAGGCUUAUGAAGUGGCUGGACUUCUAGGUGAUAUCGGUGGUCAGAUGGGACUUUUUAUCGGGGCGAGCAUACUCACCAUUCUGGAGAUAUUUGACUACCUUUACGAGGUGAUAAAGUACAAGUUGUGUCGCUGCUCCGAUAAGAAGCACAAGCACAACAACAACAAUGACCAGGGGACGGUCCUGAGCUUAGACGACGUCAAGUGUCACGUCAGUAACUUUCAUUAGGCUUCUGCUGCGGCGAGGAGGGAGCCGCCGCACUCUCUUGUCUCUGAGCGGUUUUAAUGGACUUUGUUCGUUGCAGUUUUCCAGACUGCGGGAGCAAACAGAUGGAAGUGUCUUAACUGUGCCUGGUUACGGUUUGUGAGGUGAAUACAGCUUGUGGCUGACAUGAGGAGGAGCCACAUGGACAGCAGGACAGCAGAAACCAGAGAUCAAAUAUGUUGAAUUCAAAAAUGUCAGAAUAACUGCAUGGUCAUCAGCUUCUCCAGACAUAGUAACAGAUACAGUAAAUGAGGGCAUGAACUGAGCUGAGGCUCAUCUGUGUUCAGUAAAUCAGCAUUAGAUACCCAGCUGUGUGGUGGUGUUUGUCAUCUGUCAAUCUGGGGGAGUUCUUUGUAAAAUACUUUCUGUGACAGGUUUGUUUCCCCGCACAAAAUGUUGUUAUUUUAGAUGUGUUUUCUGUAUUUGCAUGUGAGUGCUGCACAUUCUUUAAUUUCUGCCCUUUGAGGUUUGCUUUCAUCACCUUUUUUGUUCUUAACUUUUCCACCAGUUUUCCAUUUUUACAUUUGUGUAAUCCGACCUUGUGCUAUGACUGAUGGCUCCCCUUGUUAAAACCUGAGCAUUUUGCCGAUAUACUGUACUACCUCAUCUCGCAGGGUGACAGCGCCCUUAAAAAUUUACAAGCCAAGCAAAUUAAUAAUAAAAAAGGUCAUUUCCAUGUAUAGAAAUGAGAAGAACAGGCUGAAAAAAGAACCCCCCACGUAACACUUACUGAGCAGCCGUCUCAGGUCUUUUUAGCAGAAGACAUUUUGACAUGUCGCAGUAGGAAAAUCAAAUGUGGGAAUAAUAAAAUUAAUGAUGGCUGAAUUCUGUUUAGCUACUUCAGUUGCAGGGUCUCAUUAUUAUGUAGCCUUGCUCGCUGUCACACUGUCAUGGCUUAGUGGGACACUUGAAUAGAACAGAGCCAUUUUUAAUAGUAUUAAUUAUAGCACCUGUGUUUUUCCUGCUAUGACAAGUCAAAAUGUUCGCUGUGAAAAAGGCCACGGUUAAAGGACUAUUCCAGGAUAAUAAAUGCUGGUAUGAAGUAGGGAUGGACGUUUUUAGGAACUUCCAUGUGCCACUGCUUGCAUUGAAUUAUUAAAAAGUACUAAAAAAAAUCUAAUGUAAGAAUAGGAACGGAAAACAAGUGCAAUUUGAGAUGAAUUUAUUAAACAGACAGGUUUCAAUUAGCCUAUUAAACCAUUGUUGCUGCCGUUGACGUAACAUAGGUUAGAUGCAGCGCUGACAUACUGUCGCUGAGCUGCUCUCCUCUCGGUCACUUCAACAUCUGCCCAGUUAGCACGAGCUAAUACAGCAGCAGCAGCUCACACCAUCACCAAAACAGAUUGCCUCUGUCCGAUUAAUAACCCUUAGAUAACGUUAGGCUAGCUGUAUUAUGCUAACAGUUAGCCCUGUCUGUAUGUGUGAGUGUGGGUGAUCUUUAACCAACUGUUCCCCAGUAUGAAGCUCACAGUCUUGCAGCAGUUGUCUCCCAGUGUCUUAUGAUAACCAGAGAGAGAGCGACAGCAGGGUAGGAGGUGUUAAGCGAAGCAAUAUGUUGCAUGCAGCUCUACAAUGAAAUAUGAAUUUACCUAGUAAAAAAAAAAUAUAAAAGUCAUAUUCACAUCUGGGAGGUUGGGCGGUGAUUACUCAAUACAUUUAACAAAUGCUGACGUUCAAACGAGUGUUCGAGUACUCAUGUCCAUCCCUAGUAUGUAGUAUAGUGCAGCAGUAUCUAACUCAAGUUUGCCAUCAUAAGCUACUGAUCAUAUCAGACCAAGUAAACUGAUUAACCCUCAGUGUACUGAUCUGAGAUCUGUGACUACAACAGCAGUCCACAAACCAAUGGGUGAUGUCAUGGUAGCUACGUCUGUUAUUUUAUACAGUCUGUAUAUUAUACUCAUACAUGAGAGCAAUAUCAAUCUGCUCAUCCUGCUCUAAAGAGCAGACGUACAUAUUUCUCAAAACGUGACUUUUGCCAUAAAAGGGCAACUUUGGUAUUUUUCAACCUGGACACCAUUUUCCAUGUUUGUCCAACUAAUUUUUAAAACCAGUCCAGUUGAGCAAGAGGGCUGCUGCACAACAGGCUGCAGUGUAACCACUCCACGCAUGUUUACACAGUCAGUGUGUAUCCUGUAAUGCCUGCGCCACACUGCUCGCGUGAGCAGCAGGUGACAGCUGCCUCACUGAAUUGCUGCGGCACCUGCAGUGUUUAUACAGAUGAUAUAGCUGCUGCAGCAUGGCUACAGAGCUGUGUGUUUCUAUAACAACUGUAUUUCCACAAUUAAAAGCAGACACUCCACUCAUUCAUGGAGCCGUGCAAACCACUGCAUCGUCAACAAAUGCACAAUAAAAAGCCUUGUGUUAACAGAUGAAGGGGCUCUGUUGACAGAAACGUUGUCACCAGGAAGUGUUGAGAUAAGAAUAAUUUUUCAUGUCUGUAGUUAAAGGUGGUAUGAUGUCAAUAUGUAGUCUGUAGUUAAAGGUGGUAUGAUGUCAAUAUGAUUAUCAAACGACCAUUUUCAACUGCCCAAUUUUGCUGAAUAUUGCACACGCCACAGAAAAAAUAGGCAAGACUCUCUAGAUGUUCACACCUGAGCAGCGCUACUCAUAUGGGCAGUGUGGCUGCUCUAACCUGUUAACAUGGACACUGCAAAAAAACAAGAGGUUCCAUGACGUACACACACUGCUCACACAGGCGGUGUGGCCCAGGCCUGAAAGUGCUUAUUUUUCCACUGACAUAAUGUUGUUCAGUGCAGCCUGUGGCAUACUGUAGGCAGUAUAAGCGAAUGCGAAGAAUGUGGUCAUCCAUGGGGGGCUCCACACAUGAGGAAAGAAACAAAAAAAAGUUUAUCUUUUACUAUUCUUUACUAAUACUAUUACUAUUUUUAUUUUUGAAAUAUGACAUAAGGCACAACAACAUAACUAAAUAGCAAAGCCUACUGAAUAAUAGAGAGGCCUUUUUUCUGGGUUCCUGCCGCUCCCCUCCCGAGCUCGUUACACUUAUCAUGUAUCAUAUAUAGUAAAAAGGCUCUGUGCUUAUUUUUUAAAAAACUUUUUUCAUGUGAGAGAAGGUUAUGUAAAGGUUGUCUCAUAAAUGUGUAUUAUUGAAU